AUGGACAGCGCGGCCGGCGCCGCCUUCGCCCUGGACAAGCCGGCGCUGGGCCCGGGGCCGCCGCCGCCGCCGCCCGCGCUGGGGCCCGGAGACUGCGCCCAGGCGCGCAAGAACUUCACGGUCAGCCACCUCCUGGACCUGGAGGAGGUGGCGGCGGCCGGGCGGCUCGCGGCGCGCCCCGCGGCCAGGGCCGAGGCGCGGGAGGGCGCGGCGCGCGAGCCGUCCGGGGGCAGCAGCGGCAGCGAGGCGGCGCCGCAGGACGGUGAGUGUCCCAGCCCCGCGCGCGGCGGCGCCGCCAAGCGGAAGAAGAAGCAGCGGCGGAACCGCACCACGUUCAACAGCAGCCAGCUGCAGGCGCUGGAGCGCGUGUUCGAGCGCACGCACUACCCCGACGCCUUCGUGCGGGAGGAGCUCGCCCGGCGCGUCAACCUCAGCGAGGCGCGCGUCCAGGUCUGGUUUCAGAACCGCCGGGCCAAGUUCCGCCGAAACGAGCGGGCCAUGCUGGCCAACCGCUCCGCCUCGCUGCUCAAGUCCUACAGCCAGGAGGCCGCCAUCGAGCAGCCCGUGGCUCCCCGGCCCACCACCCUGAGCCCAGAUUAUCUCUCCUGGACAGCCUCAUCCCCGUACAGCACAGUGCCGCCAUACAGCCCUGGAGGCUCAGGCCCUGCGACUCCGGGGGUCAACAUGGCCAACAGCAUCGCCAGCCUCCGUCUCAAGGCCAAAGAGUUUAGCCUGCAUCACAGCCAGGUGCCCACGGUGAACUGACAGCCAGCCCCACCAGGACCCUGCGGCUUCCCUGGUCUACCAGCAACAGAAAAGAGGGCAGACACGCAGUAAAGUGAACUUCUCCUGUCCCCUGUCUCCAGGACAAGCUGAGUGGGCUCUCCUGGUCCCUCUUUCCAGCCCAGACUCCUGGGCCCAAGAGGCUGCUAAGAUGCCUGGAGCCCGGCUCAGCCCCUCAUUCACGGCUGCUGGAGACCUCAGCCCACGACCCUUGGAGGGGUUAGGCCGGAAGCUUGGAGCAGCAGCUCACCAAGGACCUCAUUUAUUUUGUGUAUUAAAGCCAAAAAAGCUGUUGUCUUUAAGAAAUAAAAAAAUUUAAGCCCCAGAAGGUUGCAAGAGGGCGGAUAAGGGAAUCAACCCAGUGAAGGGACAGCCUUUGGGGGCCAG